CUCGUUUUCCUUGUUAACUGGUUGCUUCCUCUGGUUAACUGGUUUUGUUUAGCUCAAUUUUCUCUCUGUCUAAACGAAUUACUUUUUGAGCUCAAAGAUGGAUGGCGAAUUCGACAAGGAACGGUUCUUGAAGGAGUUCGGUGGAGAUUAUGGUUAUCCAAAUGCACCCCACAACAUUGAUCAAAUCAGAGCUAACGAUUUUAAGCGAUUGAAUGAUGUAGUAUACUUGGAUCAUGCUGGAGCAACUCUAUAUUCCGAAUCGCAAAUGCAGGACGUUUUUAUGGACUUGAGUUCUACUCUAUAUGGAAAUCCCCAUAGCCAGAGUAGUUGCAGUGUGACAACCAGCGACAUUGUUGGGGAGGUUCGUCAACAGGUCCUUAGUUUCUUUAAUGCAUCUCCGAAAGAGUACAAAUGUAUAUUCACAUCUGGGGCAACAUCUUCGUUAAAACUUGUUGGCGAGACAUUUCCAUGGAGCCGUGAGAGUAAUUAUAUGUACACAAUGGAGAAUCACAACAGCGUUCUUGGGAUCAGAGAGUAUGCCCUUAGACAAGGUGCUGCAGCCAUUGCAGUUGACAUUGAAGAUAUUACUGAGUCUGAUGCAAUGAGUGGUAAGAAAUCUGGCAUUAAGAUUGUACCACACACUGUACAAAGAAGAGGUGAAGCUGACUGCGGGAAAAUAGAUGAAACCAGCGAGACAUACAAUUUAUUUGCAUUUCCGUCAGAGUGCAACUUCUCGGGUCUUAGAUUCAACCUUGAUCUGGUUAAUUCUAUAAAGGAAGGUUCUUGUCAAAUACCAGGAACUUUUCCAACUCACAGUGGGCACUGGAUGGUCCUGAUUGAUGCUGCAAAAGGAAGUUCAACAUGCCCUCCUGAUUUGUCAAAAUACAAGGCAGAUUUUGUAGUCGUCUCAUUUUAUAAGCUAUUUGGAUAUCCAACUGGAAUUGGAGCUCUUAUUGCUCGAAACGAGUCAGUUAAGUUAUUGAAGAAGACCUAUUUCAGCGGAGGAACAGUGGCUGCGUCUAUUGCAGAUAUAGACUUCUACCAAAGAAGAGACGGCGUUGAGGAAUUCUUUGAGGAUGGCACCGUAUCUUUUCUCAGCAUUGCAUCCCUUCAUCAUGGAUUCAAAGUUCUUAACACAUUAACCAUGCCUGCUAUUUCCAGGCACACAAGCUCGCUUUCCUCAUACGUUAGGAAUGCACUACUGAAGCUGAGGCAUGAGAACGGAAAUUUUGUUUGCACAUUGUAUGGCAUCAAUGAUAAUGAGGCAUUGUUCGAUUCAAUAGGUCCUGUAAUUUCGUUCAACCUGAAAAGACCUGACGGAUCUUGGUUUGGAUAUCGAGAGGUGGAAAAGUUGGCAUCCUUGUCCAAUAUCCAGUUGAGGACAGGGUGCUUUUGUAAUCCUGGUGCAUGUGCAAAACAUCUUGGUUUGUCUCAUUCGGAUCUUGUUUCUAACAUUGAGGCAGGACAUGUUUGCUGGGAUGAUCAUGACAUAUUGAAUGGCAAACCAACUGGAGCAGUUAGGGUGUCAUUUGGUUACAUGUCAACAUUUGAAGAUGCCAUGAAGCUUUUGAAGUUCAUCAAGAGUUCAUUUGUGCCCCAGAUGACACAUAAUAUACCUGGAGACAUACCUUAUUCUGCAACUGAAGGGAUUGAAAGGACUUCAAGAUACUUCCUCAAAUCAAUCACUGUUUAUCCCAUCAAAUCUUGUGCUGGCUUCAGUGUGGGGAGCUGGCCUUUAAGUAAUACUGGAUUGCUGCAUGAUAGGGAAUGGCUUCUCAAGAGCUUCAGUGGAGAAAUUUUGACCCAGAAGAAGGUUCCUGAAAUGGGUUUAAUCAGCACGUUGGUCGAUCUCAAAUUGGGACUGCUAAUUGUUGAAUCUCCCCGCUGCAAAGAAAAAAUGCAGAUAGAGCUUGCUUCAGCUCAAUGUAUAGGUAAAAGAGAAGUGAUGGAAAUACAUUCUCGAAGAUAUGAAGUUGGAGGCUACUGGAACGAAAUCGACAUUUGGUUUAGCAAUGCAGUCGGUCGCCCUUGUACCCUUGUCAGAAGCUAUGCUGUCCAAAAUCAGACGCGGUCAAACAGGGAGCAGUGUAUUGUAGGGAUGUGCAGAGAUUUUGAGACUAGAUUGAAUUUUGUCAAUGAAGCUCAGUUUUUGCUAUUAUUGGAAGAAAGUGUAUCAGAUCUCAACAACAGAAUUAGAUCAAAGUUGCGAAACAGCUCACUUAACCAGCCAGCCGAAGUUAAUCCAAUGAGGUUCCGUCCAAAUAUUGUCGUCUCUGGUGGCAAACCCUAUGCCGAAGAUGGUUGGAAGAUUUUGAAGAUUGGAGAGAGUAACUUUAAGUCUUUGGGUGGUUGCAACCGGUGCCAUAUGAUCAAUAUGACUUCUACAGCCGGGACAGUGCAGAGGUCCAACGAACCGUUAGCCACUUUAGCAUCGUACAGAAGACUAAAGAUUGCCGUUCCAAUGUCACAGGGGAAGAUAUAUUUUGGAAUACUGUUAAGAUUAUGCGAUUUUAUCGACCAAGAUGCGUGGAUUUCUGUGGGACAAGAAGUGAUUCCAAACACAGAUUAAAAUUUUGCAAGUUAUAAGGAUGCACACUUUAUCCUCGGCGAUAUAUCUGCAAACAGAGUUCACGAGAGCGUGACUCGAUGAACGUUGGUUAGUUCUAUUCAUUUUAAACAUUGUAUUAUAGUAGUACUAUAUCUGUAUUAUCCACAGUCCAUCAUCAAACAUCAUGUUGUAGAUUAUGUCCACCAUAAUAAAUGAGAACAUCUCGGAAUUAGUCGUUUUAGAGGCUAUGUGGUCCAAAUACUGUUCUAGUAUUCGAAACAUGGUCUUCGUAGAGUCUGGAUACAAUAAGUUAUGCUUCUUUUGAUUUAUGAUCGCAUACAUUAGCUGCUCGUGGAACGGGUAUGGAGUCUGGACCCGGUCUUUCUUCACGUAGACCGGACUUGUUAUAUGUCGAUGAUGUAGGAGACAGUGUUGAUACUAAUAAAUGUACAAGAUAUGGGGGAAUCUUUUGCAGGCCAUGGCAAAUUUUAGAUUAUUCUUUGACUAUGGUGUUUGCAUAAACUAAUUAAUUUUUGUUUUGUUUUGUUUUGUUUUUAGAAUGACUAGAAUUUGUCUGAGUUGCGACAGAUGUUUAAUUAUAUUAGUGAAUUUGUUUUGUGGAA